AUGUAAAUUGGAAAAUUUAAAUUAGAUCAUUUGGUUGAAAAAAAUAAUGAAUGCAUAAUUUAUAGGGGCAGUAAUUAAGAAGACAAAUUCAUCAUAAUAUAAUUGAAUCGUGUAAUUAGUCAAAUAAUAUUUUAGUAACCAUUAUUGAAGGUUGAAUUGUUUAACAAACAUUUCCAAGAAGAACUUAAAAUGUUAUUUAAAUACUCAUAGAAGCCAACAAUAAUUCCUAAAGAUUUUCCAUUUGAAAUACCUGAAUCUGAAACUCUAGAUUCUGAGUUAAUUGAAUUUCCAUAAAUUAUUGAAAUACAUCAAACAGAAACUCAUUAUUAUUUCAUCUUAACUAAUUGUUUAUAGGGUUAAAUAUUAACUUAGGAAGUUGAUCAUCCAAAGUAUAACAGUACUGAUAUUAUUUUAUAGAACAUUUUUGCAGAUUUACACACUUUAUGAUUAUUACUAUUUAGAAUACUAAGAAGGAAGAAUAAAGGAUCGAGAUUUUGCAUUAAUGAGAAUAUUUAGAAGCCAAGAUAAAUUAACAUUGAUAGAUUUUGGUUUUGCAUGUUUGUAAAAAUAAUUAACAAAAAAGCCUUGGUAAGUAAAAUUAGGAGAACUAUUUAACAGUUUGACAUAAUAUAAAGCAAAAUUAAAAGGAAAAAAUGUAAUAAAUACUUUGUUGGCAGGAAAGAUUAAAUGGGAAGAGAUUAGAGAUUUUAUAAGCAUAUCAUUUGGUUUGAAUGAUAUAGAUUAAUCUUUAUAAGAAAAUUAUAGUGAUAGAAACAGUAAAAUAACUAGAUAAAAUUCAAUUCAUACAAAAUAAUAAACGUAAACUAUGAGUAUGUUCCCAUAAGAAAUUAUUACUUUAAAUUAAAAUUCAUCUAGAAAAGCCUCUCCAUAUAACCAUAGCCAAAAAUAAUAAUCAAAAAAAUCAACAAUGAUGUAAACUAGAAUUAUUUCUUAUGGCAAUUAAUAAAAAGAACAUUUCUAAAAAAUAAGACAAUCAUUAAGUCCUGGAUUUAGUACAACAAAUAGAUAUCCUUGUAGAUUAUUUUAAAUUGAACAAAUUACAUAAUAAUCUAGUCCAUAAGCAAGAUCAGUUUCAAGAAAAGCAUAACAUUUAAGUAAUUAUCAAAAACAACCUAUUACUAAACCAUUAGAAAAUUAAUUUGAAUAUAGAAAUAGAUCUACUCCUAGAGAAGAAAUUCAAUAUGAAUAAAAUUAAAUAUAAUAAUUAAUGGGAGAUUAAUAUUUACCAAUACAAGAAUAAUAAAAAUAAAUUUAAAGAAAAUUAAUAUCAAUUACAACAAAUUAAUCAUAAUAUGAAGCAUCUUCAAAUGCACCAACUCUGAUUUAAAGAGGAUUAUCUUUAAAUGAAAAAUAAGAUGGUUAAUUCUAAUAAAAUAAUCAUGAAUUAAGACCAAAAUCAAGUAGAAAUCAAGAUUAAAAAUAAGAACUCAAAACACUUCUUCGAACUUCAACUAGAGAACUUUAACAACCUGGUUAAAUACAUAAGAAAUCUACAUAAGAAUAUCCAGCAAAUCGAACCAUAAAUUAUUCUGACACAUAAUCAUUAUUUGAUAACUUAGAGAUUAAAUAAGUCAGAAAACCAUAAUCAAGAAGAAAUUCUAUAAGAAAAAGUAGCACUAAUAGUAUAGAAAAUAUCGAAUUAUCAAAUAGUAAUACAGCAAAUCAAUAGAGAUUAAUAAUUAAUAACAAUUUAUAGAAUAAUCGAUAGAUGUUUAAGACACCAAGAGAUUAAAGAUAAAUGUAAUAUUCUUUUCAAAAUUCUCCUAUUGAAAAUCCAUAUACUAAGAAAUAAAAUCCAAUAAUUGCAUAAUAAUAUUAAGAUGAAGUUUAGAAUUGUAAAUAAUAAUCUAAAAAGAAUAGUACAGAUGAAGAUAAUUCUGAAGUUUGUAGUUAUCAGCCUUCUUUUUAAUAACGUUAAAAUUAAUCAAGAAAUUAAGAAAAUGUAGUAUUGAUCAAGAACAAUAAAUAAAAUGAAUUUGAAAUUGAAAAAUAUAUUGAUAAUGUUGAACAAAUUUAGUAAAAUAAACAAUAUCAAUUUCAAAUGACAGAAAAAAAUGAGAUUCCUUCAUUUUGUUAAGAAAAAUAAUCAAUAAAUAAUUAAGCAAUUAUCUCUCAAUAGUAAUAAUAAUAAUAAUAAUAAUAAUAAUAGUAAUAAUAAUAAUAAUAAUAAUAAUAAUAAUAAUAAUAAUAAUAAUAAUAAUAAUAAUAGAGAAUAUAAAAUGAAGAUUAAAUCAUUAAAUCUCCAAACUAAGAUUAACGUAUUGUAGUUGAAUCUGUUGAUGAAUAUUAUAAAUAACCUAAAAUAAAGAAAUAAAACUCAUUUAAAUUACCUCCAACUCCUAAAACUGAUAAUACAACAAAGGAGUAAUUUAAAAUAGAAUUAUAAUAAAAUAAUUACUUAUAAGAUAAUAAAUAAUAAAAAGAAAAAAGUAAUUAGUAAAAUGAAAAUUUAUAGAAAUUAUAAAAAAUUGAAGAUACUCCAAAAUCAAAUAAAAGAAUAAAUUUAAAUGAUAUUUAAGUAGUUCAAUAGAACAUUUAAGAAAUUAAGGUAAAAUUAGAUGAAAAUGAAGCCAAAAGAAUAAGUUAAAUAUAUGAAAAUUAAUUAAAGUAAUAAUAUUAAUAUAAAUAAGAAAGUAUGAUAUAAUAGGUAAAAUGGUUGGAGGGAAUGUAAAAUAUUUUUAAGCAUUAAAAAAUUUUUGGAUAGUUCCUUUAUUUCUUUGUUUUAAAAGAAUGGUGAGUUUUAGGAAAUUGUAUGAAGAAGGAUUAAAAGAUAAAGUCAAUUUUUUUGAUUUAGAUAUGGAUAAAGUAAAUUAAGUAGAUAAAAUAAGAAAUCUAGAAACAAAGUUAACAAAUGAUAAUAAAAUAGUUGUAUAAGAAUUAGAAUCUUUAUACACAUAAUGUUAAAAAACAGCUUAAAAAUUUGAUCCAAAAGUAAAUUAUAGAUUUAAAUUUAUUAUAGGAAUUAGCAAAAAUAUAAAAAUUUUUAAAUAUGGACUUAUAAUAAGAUAUAAAAGAUAUUUAUUUUGUUUAUUUGUAUACUUAGAUAUUUAGAACUUUAUAAAAUUUAAGAAUUAAAUGUGAAUCAGAUAAAUAAAAAACAAAAGAAAAUUUAAUAUUGUAAGCCAGUUGUUUAGCUUCACUUAUAAUAAGUGAAAUGCCUUUUAGUAGUGAUAAGAAGUUCUUUGAUUUAGAAGAAUUUGAAAAAGUUACUGAGAAUUCUUAAUAUAAUUAAUAAUUGUUAGAACAAUAUAUUUAAACAAAGGAUGAAGUAAUUGGACAUCUCAAAAAAAGACUGAUAACCAAAGGAAUUAAGAUUUGA